AUGAGAUUUUGCUGUGUAUGUUGCCUAUUAGUGAGUAGAGAUACCAAUGUUUUGCAACCAACAUGGGAGAACGUCAAAGUCUAUCAAGAAAACAAAAUAUUUAUUAAGUAAAUAAUAGAGAACUCUGGGAAAGUGUGACGUGAAGGUCCCAAAGGCCUCUAUCUCUGAUGAUCCAGUUAUUAUUUGAUUUAUGUCAGCUUGCCAUUGCCCUUGUUUUGACCCUAAGGAGGACUGUGUGGGAAGUUUGUCUUUCAGAUAGAGCAGAAACAUUGCUCUGUAAAAUGUCUGGAGCCUAAGUGUAUGAAAAAAAAAAAAAAAAGAAAGAAAGAAAAAGGAAGAAAAAAAAGAAAAUCUAAACCCUGAUAAAUAAAGGAAAGGCCCCAUUUGCUCCAGCUGGAAGUCAGGGAGUUGAAGUAAUUGCUGAAUCAUAAUAUACUCUACUUACUCUGUGUGCAACAGGACACACAGUGCUUUGGUCAUCCUUCUGCCUUAUUCUUAAAAGCCCAUCGUUUACUGAAGUGAAUGAAGCAGUGGGAGUUGGACCAGAAUAUGGCAAAUACUUACGUGACAGUAUCUGAUGGGUACUGUCUUGCUGAACCUAUACAGUAUUAUGAUGUAUUGCCAGAACAGAUCAAUUAUCAGCUGCAAGACCCUGAUUACCAAGCGGCACCUUAUUGUCAGUAUUCAACUGUCCAGUUUUCUCCAGCCUUACAAUCUCCACCUUCUCACAGUCACUAUAAUACAUACAGUCAGGAUUCACAAUAUAAUGAUGGGCAAUAUAUACUCAGCACCAGUGAAUUAAAUAAGCCCACUUGUAUGGUUACUCAUAAUACUGAGGAUAAAUAUCCAGUGAUAAAAAGAUCUAAACUAAAUCAUUCUUCUGUGAGAAUUAAAGGACAAGAAGAACUUUGUGUAGUCUGCGGUGAUAAAGCUUCAGGAUAUCAUUACAAUGCACUUACCUGUGAAGGUUGCAAAGGUUUUUUUCGUCGUAGCAUCACCAAAAAUGCAGUAUACAGAUGCAAGAAUGGUGGGCACUGUGAAAUGGACAUGUAUAUGCGUAGAAAAUGUCAAGAGUGCCGUUUGAAAAAGUGUAAGGCAAUGGGAAUGUUAGCAGAAUGUUUGCUAACAGAGGUACAGUGUAAAUCUAAACGACUUCGAAAGAACUUCAAGCAGAAGAAUAACUUUUUUUGUAAUAUCAAAGUGGAAGAAGGAAUAGACAAUAAGCAUGUGUCAUCUACAACUAGACCUAGAAAAGUGCUACAGGACAGAGUAGAAUUAACUCCAGUUGAACAUCAGCUUAUUGAUCAUAUCGUGGAUGCUCAUCAAAGAUACACAAUUCCCCUAGAGGAAGCAAAGAAAUUAUUGCAGGAAUAUGCAAAUCCUGAGGAAAGUUUCUUGCGGCUCUCAGAGACAGCAGUGCUUCAUGUUCAGGUGUUGGUGGAUUUUACAAAGAGACUUCCAGGAUUUGAAAGUUUGGCCAGUGAGGAUCAGAUUGCAUUGCUAAAGGGGUCAACUGUUGAAGCAAUGUUCCUACGUUCAGCUCAAAUCUAUAAUCAGAAAGUUAAUGAGUAUCUUUCAUCAACCAGUGAAAAUGCUAUAAGAUUUUCUGAUCAUUCACUAACUUACAGUCAAAAUGCUGAUCAAAGCAUUAUUUAUUCUAUGGAAACACCUCCUAAUGAAGAGAGUCCAACUUCUACUACUACAUCUGGCAUCACUGAAGAUUUUAUUACUGCACUCUUUUACUUCUAUAGAAGCAUGGGAGAACUUAAUGUUACUGAAACUGAAUAUGCUUUGCUUGAAGCAACAACUGUGUUUUUUUCAGAUCGUCCACUACUUAGAAAUAAGCAACAUGUGGAAAAACUACAGGAACCACUUUUAGGAAUUUUAUAUAAAUACUCAAAAAUAUAUCAUCCAGAAGAUCCUCAACAUUUUGCUCGACUCAUAGGAAGACUUACUGAGCUAAGAACACUGAAUCACAACCAUUCAGAAGUUUUGAUCACCUGGAAAUCCAAGGACCCCAAACUUAAUAGUUUACUCUGUGAGAUUUGGGAUAUGCAUUGAAUAUCAACUAAUAUUGCUGAGAUUUCAUCAUCACUUUGAUUUUUCUUAAAUUUCUUAAAACAUAAAUUGUUCAUUUACUUUAUUUUUAAGAAGUUUUAUUUUGUGCCUUGUGUUUUUACAAUACAGUCAUUUCCCUUUAACCACUCCUUUCUCUCCUUUUUUUCCCCCACCAUGUUUCCCACAUUGUUUAAAAAAAACAAAACAAAACAGCCAUUGCCAUUUUGGACUUUUAUCUGUAUUUCAUGUUCAUAAUCCUCCUACUUUAUUUCUUCCUUAUAUCUACCUCCUAGCUUCCCUGGUUUCCUUUAAAUCUCAGAUAAAAUUUUACUUU